AGGGGUGCUGGGGUAGGGGUGGGCAGAAGCAGCCCUCUUGGAGGUCGGGGUGACAGGGGUCUGGGUGGGGCGCGGCCGGGCUGCCAAGCUCUGGGAAGGAGACCUGGUGCUGUUGUAGGCCCCCAGCUGACCCCCCCAUCCCUGGCCCGGCCCUCACAGCUGGACCUUCUAUUCAGUCCAUGUCGCAAAAGCACAGGGUCCUUCCCACUGCCCUGGACGGUUGAGAGAUGAUGUUGCUGCCCCACCCAUGAGCAAAGGAGCCCAGGGAGGGCGGCACACCACCCCAGGGCCGCCAGCAGGCCAGUCCGAACAAGACGACCGAAGCUGCCCCCCCUCGCGCCUAGCUCCCUGCUCCCCCACGCACACCAUCAGCACGCCGCACCUGCCCACCCCCGCGGGCCCCCAACUUUGACCCUCCCCCACUGCAGCAUGAGUGGCCCUGAGCCAUCCACCGAUACCUCUGGGCCUGACACCCCAACCUGGCCGACUCCGCCCACCUACAGCAACCUUGGCGAGGUCCGCGCCCAGAUGCUGCCCUCCAAGGCCUGCCGCCCCCGGACAUCCAGGCCCCCCUUGACUGACCCGCAGCCCCUGCCCCCACCUCUGCCCAAGAAGACCCUGGCCAGGACCCGGUCCCUGCCCACCCACAGGGCCCCCGGCUCCAGCCCCACUCCCGCAGGGCAGCCUCGGAGGCCCUUUCUGGGGUCCCACAGUGUGGACGAGAGCCAGGCCGGCAAUGACCAAGCGUGGGCCCCUGGUCCCCCUGUGGAGCCACAUAUUCGCUCGCUCAACAGCCUGCUGGGCCUCGGCUGGCCCGACCUGCAUCGCCCUGAGGCUGUGCGCGCCUUCCUGGAGGCCCGGCAGCUGGAAGGCGUCCGUACCGUGCACGCCCAGCUCCGGGCCCGGCUGCUGGGGGGCCGCCCGGGCCCCUGUCACCCCGGCCACGGCUUCCGCCUCCUGGACAGCUCGCCAUGUGUGGACAGCGGGGAUGCCCUCUACUACCGCCUGGUGCGGGUGGGCGACGAGGCGUGGCACAUGCUGGCUGCUAAGGUGCCCAAGCCGGGAGCCGAGGAGCCCCACCCGUGGGGCCUGGAGCUGCAGGCCUCGCUGGGCCCACACUUCAACCUGCAGGGGCUGUGCGGCCUGGUGCCCGAGGGCGCACUGCCUGGAGCGCCCUGGAGCGGCCCGGUGGCGUUGGCGACCGAGGUGCCAGAGCGCACGCUGACCCAGUGGCUGUCUGAGGUGGGCAGGGGGCUGCAGCCGGGGGAGUUCCCCUGGGUCUCGGCCCUGCUGCUGCUGCAGCUCACAUCUGCACUGGAGCACCUGGAGGCUCGGGGCGCGGCCUUGGCAGAGCUGCGGCCCGAGAACCUGCUGUUGGUGGCGCCCCGGGGCUGUGCCACGGCCGGGCCCCCUCGCCUGCUGCUGGCCGACUUUGGCCGCGUCCGCCCCCAGCCCCCGGGACCCCAGGGCGCCCACGCGCAGCAGCUAAGCCACCUGCUCAGUGCCCUCCUGGGCCCCGUGGCGCCCUCAGCCACACCCUUGGCAUCCGGCCUGGAGACUCUGGCGGCCCGGCUGGCCCACUUGCAGCCCUCGGCGGCCCAGGCUCGGGCUGCGCUGCAGGUGCUGCUCUGGGGCCCCGGGCCUGAGCUGCGCGGCCGAGGAGCCCCGCUCGUGCCCUGGCUGCAGGUGCGCCGUGCGCUGCUGGUCCUGCACCUGGCCGAGCGGGCCGCGGCGGGGGAGGCACCCGGUCUGGAGGACUGGCUGUGCUGCACAUACCUGGCGGAGGCCACGGAGGCCUCCAUGGGCCACGCCCUGGCGCUGCUGUGGGACUGACGCCUCCCAAGGGCCUCCCCGAGAGGUAGGCACCCUUCCCAGGCCUGGUGCCAGAAGGCCAGUGGGGACUGCCUCCAUGAUAGAAGGGACGCCCUCUUCCAGAAACAGCCAGAAGGGUGCAGGACCGUGGACACACAGCCCCCUUUCUAUGCUGGGGACCUGGGCCCAAGUCCUUCUCUGGAAGCCUGGGGGCUGGGGCUAAUGACCAGUGCCUCCAAGGUUUUCUGACACCAGGACAACCCCCACCUCUACCAGGUGUGGCCACUCCCUGUCCACCAAGGUCUGUGUGAGUAUGGGACCCCUCCCCCCAGCUUUCAGCAGAGGCAAGGCUGUCCCUCUAGUGGAGUCUGAGGGUCACCGUCUCGGUUGAGGAGGUGGACGCUGUCCUCCAUCUCCCGCCCCGGAGCACCCCUUGUGCCGAGGACGGCCAGUGACUGAGAGUCUAGACCUGGUUGGCGUCUCCAGGGGGAGGGGAAGCUCCUAGAACCUGAGACGCCCAGUCCCCCAGCACAGCCCGCCUCAGAGGAGUCUGAACUCACCUGCCCAAGCGUCCCCACAGGGUCCCAUGCCUUCUGCCUCCCCCACUCUCUCCACCCACCGUGGCCUCCGCGCUCUUCCUCCGUGAAAUUAAAUUCUGUCCAGCCGCCAAGCUUCUGCAUGGGCUGUUCCCUCCGCCGGACUCCGAAUCUCACCUCCUCUAAUCAAAUAAAGUCGCUCCUCCCCGUGCCUGCCCCCAGAGCAGGGGGGACCACCUGGAAGUAUUUAUCUCACGGCCCGCCACCUGACCGUGUCACCCCCCAGGCUCUGAGCUCCCCCAGGGCAGAAGCCAGGCUUAAUCCGAAGUAGCUGUUUAAUCGCACAGGACGAUGGAACACCGGCAAGGAAGUCUCGUCUAGGAACCUAAGGGAGAGAACAGUGUCUCAGUUUACGCCUCUGAAAAAGGC